AUUUGUUGUUGUUAAAAUUUGUGAUCAUCAUUAUAAAGUACCAAGUAAUAUUCUAUGUCAAUCGAGCCAAUUUUUUAAUGCACUAAUUCAUUUUAUCAUAAUAAUAAUAAAAAUGAUGAUAAAGAUGAUUCGAUUGAUAAUGAACAACAACAACAACAACAACAACAGUGCACAUCAUCGGCUAUAAUCGAUAUGAAUGAAAUUGAAAUUAUUGAAAAUGAAAAUCAAGAUGCAUUCCGUAUGAUAAUGAAUCGAUUAUUAGCCACGGCUAUUGAUGAUAAUAAUAAUAUUGAACAACAACAACAACAACAAAUGGAUACUUGCAGCCAACAACAACAACAACAACGACAACCGGAUCAAGAUUCAUUAGAUUUUCUAUUCGAUUGUGUACUUGUUUGUAGUAAAUAUUUCUUUGAUUAUCUUGAACUUACAUAUUCAGAUGAAUUUGUACAAAAAUUGCGUAAUUUUACAACCGAAUUGGCUGUUACCGAUAUUAUUAUACCGAAAGAUUAUUAUAAUGUGAAUGGCAUUGAACAACAACAACGACAACAUGUCGAUAUCACCAGUAGUAAUGAUGAUACAAAUUGUUGGCUAUCGAUGAUUGAAAUAUAUCGUUUAGCACAAGUUUAUAAUCUUGAAUAUUUAUCCAAUAAAAUUUGGGAAUUAAUCAGAGAAAAACGUGCAUAUUUUUUACGUCGUUUACGAAAUACCUAUUAUUUUUGGUGAUGAUUUUUAAAUACAUAUUUUUAUUUUACAUAAA